AUGUCAUCCCAAGCAAGAGCGUUGAAAAGAUUAGUACUGCUUUUCCUCAAGGUUCAUCUUCGGUCAGUUCCGCUUUGGGAGCGUCCGGCUUCCCGGAUUUACUGCACAGCCAUCGAAACGCUGACUUACUGCAGCGGCUACGUGGAAACAUGAGGAUGGGUGGCGGCGUGAGCCCUUCGUCGGAGUGUGUAGAUACAAAUCUCGGAAAGUCAAAAGCGACUUCGUCCUGCAUAAGCCGCCUUUCGCCCGCGUCUCCUCUGACAUUGCGAGUUUUGUUCGAUCGCAUUGCUCGCUUUGGUGUACCGGAAGAAGAGAUGUAUGUGGCCAAUCCGAUAACGCGCGCUCGCAUCGAUCGUAAGGCGCCUCCUCGGCUGAACUUUCGGGUGCAGAACGUGAUCGAUGCGCUCGAACCGCUGAUGC